GCUUGUGCAGCCCGUGCUAUCAUGGCUGCGGCGGGCCCAGCGUCUGUGGAGUUGGGCUUUGCGGAGGAGGCGCCGGCGUGGCGGCUGCGUAGCGAGCAGUUCCCCAGCAAGAGGCUCAGAUGGUUGAAUUGCUGUUCUGGUUCACUGAAAAUGUUUAUACUUUCCUCUUUCCUAGUUUUUAGGAAUCAGCUCCCCAGGAAAAAUGAGUUUUACUCAUUUGAGCCACCUUCUGAGAAUCCUCCCCCAGAAGCAGGAGAACCUGUGCGUCUCCAACUUAAGUCUGGCACUCACCUCUGCAGGGUCUGUGGCUGUUUAGCCCCCAAAACAUGCUCCAGAUGCCACCAAGCACAUUACUGCAGUAAGGAGCAUCAGACGCUAGACUGGAGAUUGGUACAUAAGCAGACCUGCACACAAGAUCAAGUGGACCAUGCAAUUCCAGACCACAACUUCCUUUUUCCAGAAUUUGAAAUUGUAAUAGAAACGGAGGAUGAGACUGUGUCUGAAGUUGUAGAAAAGGAAGAUGACUCUGAGAUUAUAGAAAGCAUGGGUGAAGCACCUGAAGAAGAAUUGGAUUCCAUGGCCAAGCAUGAAACUAGAGAAGACAGCAUAUUCCAGAAGUUUAAGACUCAGAUAGCCCAUGAACCAGAGCAGAUUCUCAGAUACGGCAGAGGUAUUGAGCCCAUCUGGAUUUCUGGUGAAAAUAUUCCUCAAGAAAAGGAUAUUCCAGAUUGUCCCUGUGGUGCCAAGAGAAUAUUUGAAUUCCAGGUCAUGCCACAGCUGCUGAACCACCUGAAAGCAGACAGACUGGGCAGGAGUGUGGACUGGGGCGUCCUGGCUAUCUUCACUUGUGCAGAGAGCUGUAGUUUGGGCAGUGGCUACACACAGGAAUUUGUAUGGAAGCAGGAUGUAACAGAUAACACCUUAAAGCUUUAAAGUUACUUAUGUCUUAAAGCUUGUAAUUCCAUCCUUGACUUUAUCCUAGGGAAGUAACUUUGGAUAGUUACUUAGUAACUUACAGACAUGGAUAUACAAACAUGUUGCUUAAGGCAUUGUUUUAUAAUGUCCUGAGUAGCUAAAACAAAAAUGUCUAGUGGCAGGGAAUUUAGUAAAUUUUGUUACGUCCAAGGUAGAAAAGAAUAAGUGGUCUAAAUGCCAUUACAGAUGGUAUUCAUGGUAUGGUAGUUUUAUAAAAAUAUUUAUACAUGUAUAUGUACUUAGAAAUAAAACUAGAAAGAUACACUGAACUGAUUACCUACAAAUGGUGAGACUGAGGAAAUGUUUGAUAAAUAAUACCCAAUAAACUACAUAACUUCAUUAGGCUGAUGAACUGAAGUGACAGUACCAGAGUUGACAGGAUCAGGGAAUAUGGUAAGUUUGUCAUAACAGCUGGAUUUAAAGAGGAUCCACUCCAGAGCUGUCAUCCAGAGGCCCUGCCUGCAGAGCAGGCAAAAUGAAGCGUCUUCCCUCUUUGUCACUUGGAUGUUUCCCAGUCACCGAGAAGAUGGCAAAAAAAAAAAAACCCCAGGACCUUUCUGCUGGAACAGGUGGUUUCAAGAGGGAGACAGUGGUGGUGCAAAGCACUGGACAGAAAAUGUCACAGCACAGCACCUACUUGGUGACUUGAAAAGAGCUGCUGCACUGAAAAUAGCAUGAAAAUUUUAAAUAAAAAAA